GGAGCUGCUGGGCAGAGGCAGGUGCUGCGCUGCCCCGCCACGGCGGCACACUCGGUCACCUUGUCUUAGCGGAGAAAUGAGCCUGUGAGCUUACCCAACAGGAGAAGGGUGCCAUGGAGAGCACCAUGGAACAGAGGAGCGUGAUGGUGCGCAGUAAAAUCAGCGAUGUUGGCAAGAGGAAUGGUCUGAUUAACACCAGGAACUUGAUGGCAGAGGGUAGAGAUGGACUGGUGUCCAUUUAUCCAGCACCCCAAUACCAAAGCCGCCGAGUAGUGGCUGGUACCACACCAGCUGUCCUGGAUGGCAACAGAAGUGAUUCAAUUCAGCAGCUGCUAGACCCUAACACCCUUCAGCAGUCAAUGGAGUCUCACUACCGUCCCAACAUCAUUCUCUAUUCUGAGGGUGUUCUUCGCUCCUGGAGGGAUGGCAUGGGUACUGACUGCUGUGAGACCACCUUUACUGAGGACCAUCCACCCACCAAAGACAGCCUGGAGUACCCUGAUGGGAAGUUCAUCGAACUCUCAGCCGACGACAUCAAAAUUCAUACCCUUUCCUAUGAUAUGGAGGAAGAGGAGGAUUUCCAAGAGCUGGAGAGUGACUAUUCAAGUGACACCGAGAGCGAGGACAACUUCCUCAUGAUGCCCCCCAGGGACCACCUGGGCCUCAGUGUCUUCUCCAUGCUCUGCUGCUUCUGGCCCUUGGGCAUCGCUGCCUUCUACUUGUCCCAUGAGACCAACAAAGCUGUAGCCAAGGGAGACUUCCACCAAGCCAGCACCAGCUCCCGGCGGGCCCUCUUCCUGGCUGUGCUCUCCAUCACACUGGGAACUGGCAUCUAUGUGGGUGUGGCUGUGGCCCUCAUCGCCUACCUCUCCAAGAGCAACCACUUAUGAGUCUCGUCCAAGAGCAAGGGGAGGGCCUGGGCAAGCUGGUGGGUGAAGACAAGGCAGAGCUGACAUGGGGCUGUAUGGGAUACGUGCUAUGAGGCUGUACAGAAAAGCUUGGCAAAAUGAUCCCAGAAAGUGCUGGAAUAAUCUACCCAUAGAUUUUCUUUCUAUUUAUCUUUUAAUUUUGUCUUCUCAGCACUGUGUAGAAAAAUAGGCAGGUGGAUACUUCAAACCCUUCUUCAUGGACAUCCCAAUGAAGAUCACAACCUGAAAGGUGUCUCUCGAUGGUUCUGGGUGCACAGGUGGCAAUGCAGUACUUUCUCCAGCCUUCUGGUGCCUGCAAGGCCACUGCAUUAGCAAUAUACAUGUUUUUAAGAUUUCUUUUCGAUGGACCAUGGUGCAUGAUGCACUGGUAGAAAGGGGCCAGCCCUGUUGAAUACCUCUAGCAUUCCCCCAACAGGUCUUCCCUACAAAAAUAAACUGGAGCUAUGAAGGAAGAGCCGAUUCGUCAAACCAUCCCAGAUGGACAAAGCAAAAAGCUAAAGAAGCCCCUAGUAGGACCGCCAGGGUUACUGGACUACAAGUUUGUCCAGCCCUGAAAAAGCUAAGCUAAUAUAGUCUGGAAUCUUGCCAGAUCUCUGUUCCUUUCAAGCUCCAGUAGAGAGAAUGUCUGGCCACCUCUGAACUUGACAAAUCUAGCAGUGACCAAGUAAUCUCAGGGCCUAAUUGAUUUAGGAGAGGAAAGGUCGACUACAACCCUAUUCUUAAACCCCCCGAAUGACAGCUAACACAUACUCCUGGAACUCACGAGAAAGAAUCUGUACCUUCCCCUCAACGUAAAGCCAAGGGGUCCCUGUAAUCCCCUGGGUGAUACUCACCUUGGUGUUAAGAAUGGGACUAGUGAGCUUAUGAAGGAGAAGAACCUUUACUUUGUUGACUCAAUGAAAAAUUAAUAUUCUUGUCAUUUUUAAAGUCACCACUGUUGCUUCAUGUUGUUUAGUAUACCUUGCUAAACCUUAUCCUUACCAGGUGAACGCUAAGAAAUAAGUAAUCACAGACAUUUAAAUACCAUUUCAUUACUUUUUGUUAACCAUUGUUCAUAAUUACAAAAAUUAUCUUUUAACCUUUUAACUUAUGACUUUUUUUCUGAUUGGUAUCAAUGGUUGGGUUUUAGUUACACUUUGUACUUCAUCUUUAAACAAACAUCUUUAAACAGAGUCACCCAGGACUCCAAUGCUAUGUGAUCUUGGACAAAUGUCUAUACUUGUCUACACCUUGUCUCUAGAAAAAGAGUACAAUAAAUAGACCUAUUUACUAGAA